AUGCAAGGUCAAAAGCUCCGCCUCCUGUCACUUCUCACGUUGGCACGAACGCAUAAUCCUCUCACGUAUUCUGCCGUCAUGACGUCACUCUCGCUCUCCUCCCACACUGAACUCGAGAGUCUAGUCACAAAUGCGAUAUACUCCUCAUUGAUAUCGGCUCGCUUUUCUCCAGCAACUUCUCCCCCAACUAUCAAAAUCAUCUCCAUCGCGCCUCUCCGUGAUAUUCGCCCGAAUACUCUAAACUCCAUGGUCACCAUUCUAUCAGAAUGGCAAUAUCGAUGUCAGGGAGUGAUGAGUGCGAUCGAGGAUGAAAUCGCCAAGAUUAAAUCGGAUGCACAAAGGAGAUAUAUCCAAGAACAAGCUCGAGCCACGCGUCUAGAGAGAAAUCUUAAUGGAUGGGACGAUCAUGACGACGGGAGCGGUGAAGGUGGAGACAGCAUAGGUGGGGCCGGCUCGAAAAGGUCUUUACAUUUUUCUAGGGAUAGGACAGGCCACGGAGAGCGCAAAUUUGGUUACAAACGCGAAUUUAGUGCUGCCAACGAUUUUGGGUCGUCCUACGGUUAUCCUGGGAUAAACUCCGAGAUGAAUUUUCAUGACUCGCUCAACAGUGAGUAUGGAGGGAGGCUAAUGAGAAAUACGAAACGAAUUCUUGGGGUUAAUGAUAGAUUGUCAUAA